AUGGCACCCAAAAAACCUACUACCAAGACUACAAGUAAGGGCAAGAAACCCGUGACUAGCAAGAGCAAGGAGAAACCGACUAUCAAAGCCGCUGUUAAGAAAACAGCAGCAAAAAAGGAGGAACCUUCUUCCAAGAGUUACAGAGAGUUGAUCGUAGAAGGGCUCACGGCUUUGAAGGAGCGUAAGGGAUCCAGUCGUCCUGCACUCAAAAAGUUUAUCAAGGAGAACUACCCUAUCGUUGGGUCAACAAGCAAUUUUGAUUUGUACUUCAACAAUGCGAUCAAGAAAGGUGUGGAAGUCGGUGAUUUUGAACAGCCAAAGGGCCCCGCUGGGACUUUGAAGCUGGUUAAAAAGAAAUCUCCAGAGUCGAAGAAAUCUCCAGAGCCAAAGAAAGAGACCAGCCCUAAACCUAAGCAAGCCGCUACUUCCGUAAGUACGGCUACAUCAAAGGCAAAGGUCGCAGCUACAAAACCAACGCCAAAGAAAGUAGUGAAAAAAAAAUCGCCUACCGUUACCGCCAAGAAGGCCUCUUCGCCUUCUUCACUGACCUAUAAAGAAAUGAUCCUAAAGAGCAUGCCAGAACUUAAUGAUGGUAAAGGCUCCAGUCGUAUUGUCCUGAAAAAGUAUGUCAAAGACACCUUUUCAUCAAAGUUAAAAACAAGCUCGAAUUUUGACUAUUUGUUUAAUAGUGCUAUCAAGAAAUGUGUUGAAAAUGGCGAACUGGUGCAACCAAAGGGCCCCUCAGGCAUUAUUAAACUAAAUAAGAAAAAGGUCAAACUCUCCACCUAA